AUGGAUACUUCUGUGAUGCAGACGACUCUUUCUGCGGAAGAAGACGAUGAGUGGGGUAAUCUUGUUGAUUCGAUCGUUUGGUUGUUAUUUCUGUUGCCAGAUACUGAUGGGUUUGUGAUUCCAAGCUUGGAGGUUGAAGAACAGAAGAAGGUUAAUGAUUCAGAAGUUCAUACAUCAAAACCUUCUUCCCCUAAGAUUAAAGCUGAAGAAAACAUCUACUUAGGACCACAUGGAGCUCCUCCCUCGCAGCUACAAGAUGGUGGUAACACAUCGAGCCGCAAGCAGCGGUUUAAGCAGAAGCUCAAGGAAGCAGACCAGAAAAUGAACGUGUCUGGUCGAGAAAACAAAGUGGCCAACUUAAGAGAGCUUGUAGGCGGCUUAGAGAGAGGAUCUAACAUCUCAAAGGGUGUUUCAAGAGACUGGCUUGACCCUCAUUGCCAUGAGUCUCAGUUCGAGAAACGACAUCAUCUUUAA